AUGAACCACACCACCAGCCUUCCGAUCAUAGAAGACGAAGCCACAGCCAGGCGCAAGUUGGAAGAAGCUCAUUUUGAUCCAGAUGACGCAGUUUCUGCGGCGAACCCACCGUUUGAACCAAAAGGAAUCUCCUCUUGGACCCUCAUCACCCCCAUGACUCAUUUUUGCUAUUACGGAGAUCUGCCCAUGUGUCGAUACCUUCUCAGUCGCGGUGGGUUGACCACAAGGUCGGGCCGAGAGUUUUGGUUUCCAAUGUACGCAGCCGCCUUUCGUGGAAACUUGGAUGUCUGCAAGUGGCUGUUUGAAAAUGGAGCCCAAGAAGAAGUCCGAACGGCGAACUCGGACGGGCACAGCCCCUUGAGUGUUUGCUGGGGGACGCGCAACAAAGAGCGCAUCGCGAUGCGUAACUGGCUCCUAAUGAAUGGAGCCAUUCAAGAUGAGGAUGGCAACAUCCAUGAAACGACCCUCCGUAGCCUUCGUCCACGAUACAAAAAAGCAAAACGGAGAGGAUCAACAACAUGUAAAGAAGGGAAAUGGGUAUACGACCACCCGCAUGUUUUAUCUUGGUCACAGGAUGUACUGAAAUCUCGGUCCAACUUUCAACUGUUCCUCUUGGGGACGUAUGACAAAAACAGAUCCGCCUCUGCCCUCACUGCUCAAACUGAGUUAUCACCUGUUCAGCGCAUCGGUGGCUGCCAAGGUGUCUUGAAAUGCAUAGCCGAGUUUGUGGGAGUGGUUUGCAGUUCCAACGAUCUUAAAAUUCACCGCAGGCUUGUGGAGCUGUUGCCUCUCAUUAUGGACAAGAACAACUAUCCAAGUCGAGACUGUUUCUUGGCAAGUGACAGCGAGAGCGACUCAGAUGAAUCAGAUGAAUCAGAUGAUGAUGAAAGUAACUGA